AUGCGUAACACUGUGAAAUUUGACGACAGGCUCGUCCUCACCAUGCGUGAAGCAGAUGUUCGUUUUUACUUGAUACCAGCCAGCGUUUCGAGCUGGGGACCUGGAGUUUUUCAGAGUGGAAAAGGAAAUGCCCAAGGUUUCCAUGUCUUUUGUUGUGCUUAGCUAUGAAUCUAUCAAAGGUGAUAUCUCGUGCAGCUAUCCGCCCCUUCCUGUUUCCUCUUUGCAACUAGCUGGGCUAAUCUUUAAACCACAGCAUCCUGUGGGUGUACAAAUGUGAAGCAGUUAUAAAGUUUCUGCCCGAGUGACAAAAAUACUCAGUCAAAAGACACUCGCCCUGGAGUGUACACAUCCGAAGUGGACCGAGCUCUGGCCCUUUACUUUUACAUCUUUAUAUUCCAACAUGGAAAUCUCAAUGUUAUUAUAUUGUGUGUACGAUGUGACACGU